CUCAGAUGGUGCUAAAGAAGCAGGUGUGUGAUAAAAUGAAGAAGCAGAAUGCUAUGAAACACACCACUCAGACACAGAUGCAGCAUUUAGAGGACUUGAAGUUCCUGGUGCUGAAGCCACAGAACAGUAGCCCUCUGCCUGACACCCAGAAAGGAGAGGAGGACAAGAAACUGCGCAUUCUGGAAAACAGUUUGGAGAAAUCACAGCUGAAAUACCAUGAAGCGGUGCACAUAACGCGAGGAUACCGCAAGCUGAAGGAGCACCUACAGGUAUCAGAGCAGCUAUAGACACAGCUCAAUAAACCCACAGAG